AGCUUCUAGAACAAAGAAUUUCUUCCAGGGGAAGCAGCACACAGAUCACGCUGACCAUAUUAAGCUGUUGUGAAUGACAAUCAGUUGCGCAGGGAGAUCGCACGGUGUCGUGAUGGACUAUUCACAGUAGAAGCAGUGCUCCAGAGAAGAAUCAGGAUGUCAAAGAAAUUGUGAAAAGUUUCAAAGCAACACACUGCAGCCUUCAAACGCAGCAGGACUGCAGACCUCCCCAGAUACCACCAAUGGGGAAGCAAACAGAUUGCCAGUACAGUAUGCACUGCCAUCAAACCAGGGAAGGAGGAAGAAAAGCCCCACCAACAUGAAUAAGCCCUGGACUAAAGGGAGGUGGUCCCAGCAGCAGCGGCGGAGUAGGUGGUCCCAAUGGCACUUCAUUCACUUACACCUUUCAUGGAGAUCCUCAUGCCAUGUUUGCAGAAUUCUUUGGUGGGAGGAAUCCUUUUGAUACCUUUUUUGUCCAGAGGAAUGGCGAUGAAGACAUGGAUGUUGAUGACCCCUUCACAAGCUUUCAGAACUUUGGUAACAUUGGCUUUUCCCGUGGUCGUGGGGGCCCUGAACAUAUACGCAAGAAACAAGACCCACCCAUCACUCAUGAGUUGAGAGUAUCAUUGGAGGAGAUUUACUCUGGAUGCACCAAGAAAAUGAAAAUUUCUCAUAAACGUCUUGGUCCAGAUGGGAAAAGCGCACGCAAUGAAGAUAAGAUUCUAACGAUUGAAGUCAAACGUGGCUGGAAAGAAGGAACAAAGAUUACAUUCCCCAAAGAAGGAGACCAGACACCAAACAACAUUCCAGCUGAUAUUGUAUUUGUUUUAAAAGACAAGCCACAUAAUAUUUUUAGAAGAGAUGGGUCUGAUAUUGUAUAUCCAGCCAAAAUCAGCCUCCGUGAGGCUCUAUGUGGCUGCACUGUGAACACACCAACUCUAGAUGGUAGGAACAUACCAAUGGUAUUCAAGGAUAUCAUUAAACCUGGAAUGAAGCGAAGAAUUCCUGGAGAAGGUCUUCCAUUCCCCAAGAAUCCAAGCCAACGAGGGGAUCUUAUUAUUGAGUUUGAUAUAAGAUUCCCAGACAGAAUUCCACAGUCUUCAAAAAGCGUCCUAGAACAAAUCUUGCCAAUAUAAUAAGACAGGCAGAACUGGACUGCUGUGCCUCCAAAGCAGAGCAAUUGGAACUGGAAUCAGGAUUUCAGAGUCGCUUUUGGCAGUGGGUAGGGAAGUUAACUUCAUGUUGCUAAAAGAUUUUCGGGAAAUCCAUUCUUGCAAGAUGAACAUUGCACUUCUCAGUGACUUUUGGCCCAGGUUGUCAUUGCUCAAAACAUUUAUAGCAAUGCUCAGUUACCCAAGAGAAGGAAUUGGCAGAACAUCUUUUAAUUGAACAUGGAAGACGACAACCAAUCAUAAUUCAUGCCUUCACUUAGUUGGCUAACCCUACUUGGGGCAUGUCACAUAGGUCCUCCCAUUGGAAGGAGGAGAUUACAAUCUAAACUGGACUUCAGAAGUAAACACCUCCAAUCUCUUGUUUUUGCUGUACUGUGUCUUAUUGCAUUCUGCACUAUCUCAUUCCCAGGGGGUACCUUUAAUGUUCAGUUUUCUAACUUGCUUGUUGCUCUUAAGGGUGCCCUUACUAAGCCAGUCUAAAAUGGUGCCAUGUGUUGAAGCUCCCGGAAGGCAAGGCAUCCUGAAACUUGGUCAUAAAUUGCUGUUUUCCAGAAGGUAAAUUGGUGGAGUAUGGCCUCCCCUGUUAAGCAAGCAAGGAUGCUGCCUUAUAACUUCUUGACAGCAUGUAAGAAGUUUACAGGUUUUUCAGUAAAAUCUUUGUCGUCUUGCCAUACACUGUUUACCGUAUAUGUCGGACUUGAUCCUGGUUGAUUGAUUGGACUGGCAGAAAAGAUGUAAAAUGUUCAGUUGAAGACAUUCUUUAAUAAACAAGUAUUUCAAUAGGUGAUAACUAUUGAAGCUGAAAAGAGUAAAGCAUUAGUCAUUUUUCUUAAAGGUAUUGUUUCUUGUGAAGGAACAUGUAUAGCCUCCUGUAAACAUUUUUUAAAAAUUAUAACUAGUGCAAACAAACCUAGAUGUGAGUGUUUAUUGGUUCAUGCUCAUGAAGUAAGAAACUUGUCAUACUGAGCUUCUUUCUUCAGUGUUCUGGGUUUGAAAAAUACCAAAUUAACAUUAAAUGGCUUACAGUUUACUGGCUUAAAACUAAAAUGGAAUGCAUUCCAAGAUAUGAAGAAAUGCUCUUUAGCUACAACACAAAUCCACAGCUUCUGCUCAAUCCUUGUCACUAAAUUCUCUGAACAGGCAUUCCACUGUGCUAUCUGAUCCUAAAGAGGGAUUAUAUGGAAGGAAAAUAACUGAUUACUGCAAGCAAAGCUACCCAUUUCUUCUAGAAAUGCAACCUGUUUAAUUUCCUCAGCAAGAUUGCUUCUUCAUUCCUCUGCGUGAUCACUACUAGUCUAAUGAAUAGCAAUUGUAAACCGAAGGGCUUCUGUGCCUUGCCAUAUGGUCUUUACAUGUUCACUAAAAAAUCUCACUGUGCAUCAGAAGUUCUGUACGGUACCCACUAUGUGUCUGAUAGACAUGAAUUCCAAAUAAUGGGUCAUAUACUUUAUCUCAAACUAAAAUUAUCUGUCUCUUGUACAUAAUGAUGUGUAUGUGCCUAAAAUAGCUUGUGAACACUUUGUUUCUUAAUAAGCAAAUGUAAAUGUUUCUACAGGAAAAAGCUAGAGAAUUCAUCUUCAGGUGGUGGGUUGGCAUCUUAUGGACAUGCACCAGCAGCAUUUCCAUCAUACGAGUAUAAGAUAAAAAGGGGGGCAGGUUUGAAAGAGGAGGGCAAAUGUUGUCCCUAUUUUCAAAAAGGGGAAAAGAGAGGACCCAAACAAUUACUGCCCAGUCAGCCUGACAUCAAUACCAGGAAAGAUUCUAGAGCAGAUCAUUAAGCAAACGGUCUGUGAGCACCUAGAAAUAAACUCUGAUCACUAAAGGUCAGCAUGGGUUUCUGAAAAAUAAGUCAUGUCAGACUAAUCUGAUCUCAUUUUUUGACAGAAUUACAAGCCUAGUAGUCGAUGAAGGAAACGCUGUGGAUGUAGCCUAUCUUGAUUUCAGCAAGGCCUUUGACAAGGUGCCCCAUGAUAUUCUUGUAAAUAAGCUGGUAAAAUGCGGGCUAGACAAAGCUACCAUUCAGUGGAUUUGUAACUGGCUGGCUGACUGAACCCAAAGGGUGCUCAUCAAUGGCUCCUGCUCAUCCUGGAGAGUAGUGACUAGUGGGGUGCCACAAGGUUAUGUCUUGGGCCCAGUCUUAUUCAACAUCUUUAUCAAUGACUUGGAUGAUGGGCUUGAGGGCAUCCUGAGCAAGUUUGCAGACGACACCAAAUUGGGAGGGGUGGCUAAUACCCCAGAGGACAGGAUCACACUUCAAAAUGACCUUAACAGAUUAGACAAUUGGGCCAAAGCAAACAAG